AUGUCGCAAUUGCUCUUCAGCACAAUUAUCUUGCACUUAUCAUGCUAUACCACAAAAGAAAGGACCAAAGGGUUCAAGAGCCAAAGUCAUCAGCGAAUUAAGACAAAAUCAACAAUCAUCACUUUCAGCCAAACUGCAAACCGCAUAAAUGGUGUUCAAAGCCCACCAUGCAGUCCUACACUCGCACCAACCCCAGGUCUUCUUACAACGGAAAUGGUGAAGGAAUGUACCGAGUUCUUCUUCGCGAACAUGUAUCCUACGAUGCCGAUAUUGCACAGGGAGAGAUUAGAGCAACAAGCACUGUAUGUGGAUCAGAAUGUCGAUACAUACUGUCUCUUAACCGCGAUGUGUGCAUUCAUGAUGAUACAACCUGGAAUGGGAAUACCUGGUGACCCUCUUGGAUUAGACAAUCUACCUGGCGCGAAUAUUGUCUCUGGAACCUUAUUACUGGAAGAGACCUUGAAGGUUAGAAAAAGUUACGACUACUGCGAAUCACCUACACAAAACAGCUUGGUGACUAGCUUUUUCAUCUUUGCAUGCUACUACGGAUUGGAUCUUCAUAAUAAGGCUUGGUUCCAUUUACGUGAAGCUACAACAUUGGCACACACCUUGGAAAUGGUUAAAGAGGAGACAUAUCAUCAGUUUGAUAUCAUUGAAUCAUCACGAAGACGAAGAUUAUAUUGGUUGUUGUUCGUCACGGAAAGAUCAUAUGCGCUUCAACGCCAUCGACCUCUGUCUCUUCAAGCCACGAUUAACCUUCCUUCGAUCAACGAUGAUCCCACGGAUCCCCAGAAUCAUCAUUUGCAUGGAUUUAUCCAUCUAGUAAAUGUCUACCGUCCAUUCGAUGAUCAAUUUGUCGCACUCUGGAACAAGACCAGAACCGAUUGUUCUCCAGCCUAUCUCUCAUCUCUACAAAAACAACUCUCCGAAGCUCUCCCCAUCUAUCUUAACACGACGGAAAAUCAAACAGCAGAUCUCAGAACAAGUCAACAAUGGUUAAGAACAAUGGUAUGGCAAUUGAGUAUACAAAAUGGAUGUCUCAGUAGCAACUGUGAUGAUCCAAGCAUGACAUUCCAGUAUCCAGUCGAUAUUGCCAGAGAUUUGGCGCAGAUGACAAGUCAAUUCAGUCAUCAGAGCAUGGAGGUUCACGGUGUUGGAUUGAUUGAGAAACUGUUCGACGUCGCUUGUUCGUUAACCGAUGUUCUCUCCCUUCUCCCUGCGAAGUCUGAUCCCUUCGCAAUGGGUCCACGCGACUACCUUCAUCAAUUCAUGACAAUGCUCUCCAUUCUCCGCAACGGCGAUCAUCGUUUUCUUCCUCUCCUUCUGAACAAAGUUCACGAUGUCCUUCCUGGUCUUGUAAAUCCCAUGUUACAGAAUGCUCCCGAACCCACUCAAAUAUGCGCGGAUGUUGACCUAUUUGAUGGAUUUGGCAACACUGGUAUUAGCAUUCCUCCUCAGAACUACAAUACUAUGGCUACUAGUGGCCCCAACGAUUACAAGAUGGCACAUUCGAAUGGAGGAUUGGCAUUCGACAAGAGAAUUGAGGAAUUGAGCAGUCCAAGUGUCACGGGUAGUAUGUCUGCCGAAACCACUCCGUUCACAUCACCGCCUAUCAUGAAUCCUGGAAUGGAAUAUCAAGCUUUGGAUUAUCCGGGAUUCCAUGAUCUGAAUAGUCAUGCUCACGGAAUGGAUUUUAAGAGAGAGUUUGGUGUCGAAAAUGGAGAGAGUUCUUUCGGGGUUUCGAGUCCUGGCGGUAUGAGCGAAAUGAGUAGUGGAGUUGCCAGUGUGAAUGGAAAUGGAAUUGGUGGAAGAAGACCUCCGAUACGACAAGGAAGUGGAAGUAGUUAUGGUAUGCCACUACCUAGGAGUAUACCAGAGUUCAAUCAUGGUCACUUUUCGCGAGCCAGCACCGGCGGAGAGGACAUGGGAGUAGGCGUGAAUGGUGUUGAUUUAUCGCAUCAUGGGUAUAGAUGA